CAGCUCAGUUCAUUAGUCAGCCAUUUUGGUCACCACCCUGCUCACUGCGCACAGCCAAUCCCGGCAGCACUGCCGGGCUUCGCAGAGAGACGGGCACCAGCACUUGGAUUUCGGCAAACCUGGAGAUCUGCCUCCCGUUCGUCCUUUGUUUUUGCCGGGGUCAUCACCAGAGGAACCCAUUCUUUUUGCUUCGGCUGCUUUUUUCCCCUUCUUUUCGUAUUUUGGACCUGUUUUUCCCUCCUGCCUUGGAUGCCGGAGCCAGGUUUCCUGUGGAUGCUGAGGAUCGAUAGCCUCUAGCAUAGCUGGAGACGGCAGUCGGUGGAAAGGAGGGAGGCAGAGCAGAGCGGGAAGGAGCAGCGUUUUUACCUUGCUUGAUCCAUGAAAAGGCCAGAGCAGCCUCUGUGAUCCUGAGCAAUCUGUCCUUUAAUCGCAAGGUAUUUCUGAUUUCCUUCUUCAGAAAGCUUUUAUUUUUAGUUCUUAUUUUUCCCCCGUUGUUGUUGUACCAGCUGAGUCAUCAUGUCUGCUCUGACGCCUCAAAGCGACAUGCCAACCCCCACCACAGACAAGAUCACUCAGGCUGCCAUGGAGACCAUCUAUCUUUGCAAAUUCCGAGUGUCGAUGGAUGGAGAAUGGCUCUGCUUGCGGGAGCUGGAUGACAUCUCGCUGACACCCGACCCAGAGCCUACCCACGAAGACUCUUGGGAGGAUUUGACAGAUGUGGUGGAGCAAUUGCGCGAUGAUUCCGAAGACCCCAAUUACCUCAUGGCUAACGAACGCAUGAACCUGAUGAACAUGGCCAAACUGAGCAUCAAGGGGUUGAUCGAGUCGGCGCUGAAUCUGGGCAGGACACUGGACUCGGACUAUGCCCCUCUGCAGCAGUUCUUCGUGGUGAUGGAGCACUGCCUGAAACAUGGCCUCAAAGCCAAAAAGACUUUUCUUGGGCAAAAUAAGUCCUUUUGGGGACCUCUAGAACUAGUAGAAAAACUUGUUCCUGAGGCUGCAGAGAUUACAGCAAGUGUUAAGGAUCUCCCAGGGCUGAAGACACCUGUAGGCAGAGGAAGAGCUUGGCUUCGCCUGGCUCUGAUGCAGAAGAAACUUUCAGAGUACAUGAAGGCCUUGAUUAACAGAAAGGAUCUUCUCAGUGAAUUUUACGAGCCCAACGCGCUGAUGAUGGAAGAGGAAGGUGCCAUCAUCGCUGGCCUCCUCGUGGGCUUGAACGUCAUCGAUGCCAACUUCUGCAUGAAGGGAGAAGACCUGGACUCCCAGGUUGGAGUGAUUGAUUUCUCCAUGUAUUUGAAAGAUGGGAACAGCACGAAAGGCAGCGAAGGAGAUGGUCAGAUAACUGCUAUUUUGGACCAGAAGAACUAUGUGGAAGAACUCAAUAGACAUUUAAGUGCUACAGUAAACAACCUACAAGCCAAGGUGGAUGCCUUGGAAAAAUCCAACACUAAGCUGACUGAGGAGCUUGCAGUUGCCAACAACAGGAUCAUUACACUGCAGGAAGAGAUGGAACGGGUUAAGGAAGAAAGUUCUUACAUCCUGGAGUCCAGUCGGAAGGUCACCAAGGACAGAACUGCUGAUGGGCAGGCACUGACUGAGGCUCGGAAACAGCUGAAGGAGGAGACUCAGCUGCGGCUGGACGUGGAGAAGGAGCUGGAGGCGCAGAUUGGGAUGCGGCAGGAGAUGGAGCUGGCCAUGAAGAUGCUGGAGAAGGAUGUUUGUGAGAAGCAGGAUGCGCUGGUGGCACUCAGACAGCAGCUGGACGAUCUCAGGGCCCUAAAGCAUGAACUGUCCUUCAAGCUGCAGAGUUCAGACAUGGGAGUGAAACAGAAGAGUGAAUUAAACAGCCGCUUGGAAGAGAAAACAAAUCAGAUGGCUGCCACCAUCAAACAGCUGGAACAAAGAUUGCGACAGGCAGAGAAGGAACGGCAGCUGGCCCAGCAGGACAACCGGCUCUUCAAGCAGGAGUUUGGGGACAAAAUCAACAGCCUGCAGCUGGAAGUGGAAGAGCUCUCCAGACAGCGGAACCACCUAGAACUGGAACUGAGGCGGGAAAGAGACAGAUGGUCCCACAGUCAGCAGUGUGGCCAAGAAAACAAAAAAGGGCCAAAGAACUGGCUAAGACAGGAUGGGAAGGUCAAAAUCCAGGAAGAAAAUGCUAAACUGAAACAGGCACUGAGAGAGGAGAACAGUGUUCUGCCACACAGGUCACCAAGCAGCAAGCAGGAAGAACAGGAGCAGCUGUUGGGCCCUGGACAUGCUGAGAUGUGCCAGCUCUGCCAGGAGGAGAGCAGCCGGAACAGAAGAAAGAACAUCUGCAAGAACUGUGGGGGCACCUUCUGUGAAGCCUGUUCAGCACAUGAGCUGCCCCUCCCAUCCAGCAUCAACCCUGAGCGUGUCUGCAAUCCCUGCCACCAGCAGCUCAUCCAGCAGUAUUCCAGCAGCCCCUUGUAGGGAAUGGGUGGCAGAGGGGUGACAAUGGUUGUAGCUGAUGGUGUUUCUGGAGUCGUUCAAGGGGAACGUGAGGACACUUGCUUGUGUGCUUUGGAGGUUGGAGGGAAGCAGCUUCUUGGUGUUUAGAGUCUCUUGUGACUCAAACAACAUUCUGAGCCUUCCCUGUACCAAAAUCCAAUUGUGUUGCGGAGAACUGCAUUGGGAAUGUCACAUGGAGCAGCCCCAGUGUGUGCUGGAGCAGUCUCAGGGCUCAGGGAGCCCCUGCCCAAACCAGAGCUGUGUUUGCAUGUGUAAGUUGGGAAUGUUCUUGCCCUCACACGUGUGGUGUUGGGCAUGUGCUGCUGCUGAGCAAAGGCUCCCUGAAAACCAGCUGGAGCACUGGUAUUCCUCAUGUCUGGCUGCACUUGAAAUCCUGUUUCCUUUCCCAGCUGUCUUGGACAGUCUGGCUCAUCCCUGGGACCCUGGUACACAGUGUGAGCGGGCCAAGUGAGGCACUUGUGAACAUGUUCUACCUGCAUUUCCUUGGCUCAGGGCUCUGGCCAAGGGCUUGCUCUGCACAGGGAAACCCCAAACCAAGCUGUGAAUGUUCUGUUCCCCCUCUGUGCUUUAGGAGAUGGGCCAAAUUCCCAUCACACUCUGGUUUAGGGCCACUUGGAUCCACCUCUCCCCCUUGCGCACAUGGAAACCUUGUGGCCAUAAACCUGGCAUUUCACUUUUUGUUGUAUCAAAAUAAAAUGGGAACACUUUUCACCUUCUACCAGUUGUAACUGCAAACCCAGUUCAGAGAGGUUUCAUGGUUCAUUCUUUGUUGCUGUUCCCUCAAGGAAUUUUGUUACUCCAAAGAGCGGUGGUGGCUUCCCCGUGUCACAGGAGCGGUCUCUCCUUUUCCCACUGGCACCUCCUGCAGUCUCAGACCACAGAAUGUUCCACAGUCCACAGGAAAUGGAUGCAUUGAUGUGACAAAUGCAUUGGGGUUUGUACAGAUGUUAUUAGGGCUUAGUGGUUAAUUCCUUGGAGGGGAAUUAACCCUAGUUAAUAGUAGUCUUUAGAGUGGCUGGAACUGCAGGAAAAGCUUCUCAGAGCUGAGGUUACUGAUGUGGUUGGUGCUGGUUUGUACCAGGAAUUAUUUCUCCUAGUUCCCUCUAGGUCUUGGUGUGUUCAGCCACCAAACUUACACUCUUUUUUGCUCUUUUCCCCACCUGUGGCAGUUUCCCAACCCCUUUCCUUGCUGCUAUCCCUUAAAGUAGGACAGGAGUUGUAAACAGUGUUGAGAUACAAGAAGCCUGGAAUUCAAGUGAAUUCCUGAAUUCUCUGAAGGGAUGACACACUGGAGAUGGAUGGAGAAAACACUGAAUUUAGUGUCAGUAGUUUUCUGUACACACUGUAUAGAUCCAAACCAGCAAAAUUCUUGCAUCCAAGCCCAGUGUGACUCAUCCCCCAAGGAGAAAGUGAGACCUAGGCAAUUUUCCUAGUAGAGGGAGCAUUAAACUGGACACGGAGAAUUAAAUUCUGUGGAGCAGGGAGGUGGCUGAGACCCCUUCAGAGCACAGCACUGGUGGCUGCCAGCUCCCUCUGUGCUCAGGUACUGCGUGUGAUGCCAGCGUGGGCUGACACCUGGACACUGGGGUUGGGAAGGGGGGGGCAGGUUUUCUGAUGUUAAUUUUGUUCCACACAAUAAAG